GUGCAAAAGUUAGAAUGAAUACUGAAAAAGUUAAACCGUCAGCGUUUUUAGUACAAGCAUCGUCUGCUUUUAUAAUUGCCUAUCUAACCGCAUUAACUGGUUUUACGUACGCCUGGCCAUCGUUUACUAUGGAGAUGUUUAAGUCAAAUUCAACAGUGUUAAGUGCUCCUAUGUCAGUCACAGAAGCAUCGUUAUUGGGCAGUUUGAUAAACAUAGGUGGUUUGAUAGCGACACCUUUUUGUGGAUUUGCAGUUGACAAGUUUGGGAGGAAAUAUGCGGCUAUUUUGUUUGGAGUACCUUUUGUGAUUGCCUGGGGUCUUAUAUAUGUGACAAAAUCAGUAAAUAUAAUACUUUUAUCUAUGUGGUUAGGUGGUUUUGGUGCUGGCGGACAAGGGGUAUCUUCAGUCUAUAUAUCAGAAAUAUCACAGGAUUCUAUAAGGGGUGCUUUAACAUCAGCAUGUGUUUCAGUAUUUUUAUUGGGACUCCUAUUCUCUUAUAUUAUCGGAGGAUAUUUGUCAUACAACCAAGUGUUACUUGUUCAUUUUUCACUGUCAGUACUGUAUAUUUUAAUGCUGAUGUUAAUAAAAGAAUCUCCAGUUUACUUAUUAAAACGAGGAAAGAUAAAAGAAGCAGCAGAAUCUAUAGCCUUUUAUCGUCGAGUAGAUGUAAACUCAAUUGAAGUUCAAAAGGAAAUUGAAAAAAUCAAAUUACAGCUUGAUCCGAUGAUAGAUAAGAUAUUGCAAGGCGGCGAUGAUGUAUUAGCAAUGACUGAAACGGGCCAGAAUUUAGUUGCUCAACCGAGCAAAACUGAUUCACCAUGGCAAUUUCUAAAACGAUCUGAAUCAUCUAAACGAGCGUUAGUAUCGGUGCUUAUAGUUAUGAGCGUAGUGAUUCUCAUGGGGUCGAUAGUGAUGCAAAUAUAUGCGGAAUCCUUGUUCCGAGAGGCUGUGCCUACAAUGCAUCCAAACACUUGCUCUAUAUUGUUAGCUGUGGAUUACUUGCUCGCUAGUUUACUUUGCGCUUGCAUGGUGGACAAAUUGGGACGAAAGAAUCUCAUGACCGUAACAGCUAUUAUAUCUGGAAUAUUUACUAUUCUACUUGGAUCUCAACUUCAAAAGCGCUGGGCGCCUCACUGGUUCACCGCAUUCGUUAUAUACGGAUACAGUUUUGUCUACAAUCUUGGAGUCGCUGUUGUGCCUCUUAUACUCACCGCCGAAGUCUUCUUGCCGGAGGUUCGAGGGCUCUGCAAUAGCUUGUCUAUGGCUUGUAUGUGGAUCACGAAUUUUAUAGUUAUAUUCAUCUACAAUCCUUUAGUGAUGACCUUCGGGGCAGGCGCCACAUUCUACAUUUUUUCUGUGGUCUGUUUUAUCGGCGCAGCUUACAGCCACAUCUGUCUACCGGAGACAAAGGGUCUACCAGCAGAUAAAAUACAGUUGUUGUACUUAAAAAAGAAAUAUUUCAUUUAA